UCCCUACACAGGCAGCAGAGAGACUGCCUUGCUGCAAUGUCACCAUCAGCUCUGCUGCUGCAGGCUGCUGGUACCUGCGACUACUGCAGAGAACAGAAGGCCUUCAGCCAAGCUGAGACCCAGGACUGCUGGGCACUGUGUGAAGGCAGGAGACAGCCAGCCAGAUGGGCAGCACGAUGGAACCCCCCGGGGGUGCAUACCUGCACCUGGGCGCUGUGACGUCCCCAGUGGGCACAGCCCGCAUGCUGCAGCUGGUCUUCGGUUGCACCACCUUCAGCCUUGUUGCCCAUCGGGGCGGGUUCGCCGGUGUCCAAGGUACCUUCUGCAUGGCUGCCUGGGGCUUCUGCUUCGCCCUCUCUGUCCUGGUGGUGGCCUGUGAGUUCACGAAGCUCCAUGGCUGCCUGCGCCUAUCCUGGGGCAACUUCACUGCGGCCUUUGCCAUGCUGGCCACACUGCUAUGUGCCACAGCCGCCGUAAUCUACCCACUCUACUUCACCCAGCUCCAGUGCCUGCCUGAGCCCGCUGGCUGCACAGCCAGGGACUUCCGCCUGGCAGCCAGUGUCUUCGCUGGGCUUCUCUUCCUAGCCUAUGCCACAGAAGUGGCCCUGACGAGGGCACGGCCCGGCCAGGUAGCUAGCUACAUGGCCACAGUGUCAGGGCUUCUCAAGAUUGUCCAGGCCUUUGUGGCCUGCAUCAUCUUUGGAGCACUUGUCCACGACAGCCGCUAUGGGCGCUACGUGGCCAUGCAGUGGUGUGUGGCUGUCUACAGUUUGUGCUUCUUGGCCACAGUGGCUGUGGUGGCCCUGAGUGUGAUGGGCCACACAGGGGGCCUGGGCUGCCCCUUUGACCGCCUGGUAGUUGUAUACACCUUUCUGGCUGUGCUCCUCUACCUCAGUGCUGCUGUGAUCUGGCCUGUCUUCUGCUUUGAUCCCAAAUAUGGGGAGCCCAGGCGGCCCCCCAACUGCCCACGGGGCAGCUGCUCCUGGGACAGCCAACUGGUGAUAGCCAUUUUCACGUAUGUCAACCUGCUCCUCUACAUCGUGGACUUGGCCUACUCACAGAGGAUCCGAUUUGUGCCCACCCUGUAGCCUGGAAAGCAGCUGCCUGCCUACCUACCUGUGGUAACCCCAGGCAUGGGAGGGUGACCAAGGUGAACUGGGACAUUAGAAGCAAACAGCAGGGAGACUGAGGGCUCAGGCCAACAUGGCAGAGGAUACUCCUGGAUCUCAUUCUUCUCAUCUCUGUCUCCAUCUCCAAUCUUUUUCUCCCAUUUUCAGCCCUCCCUGAGCUCAGUGCUGCUCAAUGUAACAUAUGAAAACCCUCUGGAACAUCUACUGUUGUGACCCAUUUGGCAGCCAGGGACACGGUGACUUUGGGGUAGCCCAAUAUGUCCAUCAGUGUCUGGAAAUGGAGAAAGGAAGAGAGGGACUGAAAGCUCUUCAUCUGAAGGCGCACCUUCCAAAACCCUAAGAGGAACUGUGCCAGCUCAGAGAAGAAGCAUGGAAACCAGGACCAGCCUUACCAGCUGCCACAGGGCCAUAGCCUCAGUUGUAGCUCAGCAGGUUAGAGGUGGUGGUGGGAACCUGCAAGGGCCUACCGAAGACAGCAGCACUGUCAGGAGCAGUGUGUCUAGGAGAUGGAUCUCUACUCAGCAACAGGGCCCCACCUGGACACCCAGGAUGGGUCAUAACUCAGCAGCUGGGGUGGUGCCUGCCAUGGGUUCCCAGAAACUGUGUUGGAAGGUGGCAUGAACAGAUGGUGAGGACCCCUCUUGGGGUAGCCCCUGGGGACUUGGCCUCUGGGCUCUGGGCUUCUCCAAGCAUCCAGUUGUCCAGCUGUCCUAACUGCCAGGAUCUAAUGGUACCAUCAUCCUCUACGCUCCAGCCAUCUUCUUCUGCAUGUGAGCCCAGAGUGGACCAGCCUGGAGUGGGCCCACUAGCCAGAACCCAAGGUCCGUAAGCAGCAAAUAAAUGCAGAUGCUCAUUUGCA